AUGCCACGUAAUCCACGGUCCUACAUCCCGCCUGGCGUCGGCAAGAGGGUAACCAGAGCCGAGACUGCCAAGGCAGAACAGGACGAGGUACAAAAGACACAGCCAGCCCAGGCGCCCCAGCCGGCCCAGACGAACAAUGAACCGGCCAGGCCAGCAGCGACAAAGAGCCAGGCACCAAAUGCAUCAAAGAAGCGACCAGGCUCCAGGAAAGGCCCACCAUCGGCAACCAACUACGACAGGGUGUUUCGUGAUUCCGCCCUGGGGGACGCGGACGAAAGAUCAGUCGCGGAGACGUUGCUGGCCUUGUCUGGUGGCAGCGGCGGCAGUGGUCAUGGCGAAGCGUCCUUGGGCACCACGGCAACGGCUGCUGGUACUUCAACUCUUCCUGCUGCUGCUGCUGCUGCCACAGCGACGGACUACAACACUACCACCUACAGCACCACACAACGUGUCAAAACAGAACGCCCAAAGAACUUUAUCAGGAAGAGGAAGAGACCCGACGCCACUACUGAUGCUACAAGUAGCGCCACACAAUCUGCCGCCAACCCUGACGAAGCUCAAAAGCACAAGGAGGGCGAAACAGAAGAGCGCGAGACGAAACGUGCUCGCACCUUGACUAGAGAGGGAUUGACUGCUACUGUCCCCGAGACUGCCGAGCCUCAGGAGGCCGCUAGCAGUUGGAAUUCUGAUUCACCGGAGCGUCGCCCACUUACAGCCAAGAGGAGCUCUCUCGCCACCAAGACUGGCAAAGGGACCGCUCGUGCAAAGACGAAAAAGAGCAACCAGCCUCCUCCUCCCGCUACCGCGGCAGCCACAGGGCAAGGAGAACGACAGACUAGGAAUUCCAAGAAAGCCAAAGCCCUGCCCGUAGCGAAGCGGCCGUUGGAAGCUGACGAGCCUUCCACUCCGGCCAAGCGGGCCAAGCUAGCGAUCUCGCAGAUCAUGGUUCAUUCUUCCGACGAAGUCGUCAUGUCUGACAAACACGGUGUUGACACCAUAGUCGACUCUGACGACGAGCCGCUGUCUAAUGAGCUGGAGGUCAUCAGCGAGUCUCGCCAAGUAGAGGCAGACAUUGAUGUGCUUGAGGAUUCUGGGACGCCGCCAUAUGGAGGUCAGAGUACUGACUGGACAGAGACACGGGCUGGCGGCCAUGAGAACGUCUACUUCUUUGCCUAUGACCGGCUCAUGCAGGAGAGUCGCAUGCUCAGAGAGUAUCCGGACGCGAUCCCUGUUGGCGUCGCCAAGAUUGAAGGCUGGCGGUUCUGCCUGGCCGGCCCAAGGCGUGCUGGCACUCAUGGUCCCACGAACGGCCAAAUAUCGUCCGAAGGGUACCCGACCAUCGUAUCCUACACUCAAGAGCCCCGAGAUUCGGCAGAGAGGACCAUGCCACCUCCUCUAACGCCGCGCGUCUACGGCCGCGUAUAUCUCGUCCCACGAGAGACAUUUGACUAUCUGAUCCACGACGAGCUCAGCACCCGCCACGCCGCCGCGAGCCUGACUCUGAGCAACACUGUCGAGCUACUCCAGCCCAUCAACACGGACAGAGACGGCAACGAGAUCCCCUUGCUGCACACCACCCAGCAGAAUCCCAAUGUCGACGACACCCACGUCGCCAGGGAUCCGGCCUUUGCGCACCUGUCGCUGCCCCUCCGGACCGUCGAGAUCUUGGGCCAAGUGCAGACCGUGUACAUUCUGGGCGAAGUAUAUCACAUGCCAGAGCGGUGUGCCUGCCCAGCCGCCAUGGCUGCGGGUUACGAUGUCGCAGAGACACGUUACGACCAGGAUGCCCAAGGAAGCGGCCACAGCGACGGUGCCAGCAGCAGCAGCAGCGGCAAGGGCAACAGCAACAGCGACGGGACUGAUACCGCAACUACUCUAUCGGCCCAACAACAACAGCAGAACACCACCGCGACGGCCCUGCAGGACAAGUACAAGGAACUCGUCACGGAUGUCCACUUCCAGACCCUGCUCCUGCGCGACCACGAACGCCCACUCCUCAAGCCGGUCCUGGGCGCCGGGGAGACCCAGCGCUGGGCAGCCAAGGGGCUGUGCACCGCCCCGGUCCCCAGCGCGGAGAGGAUGCUUCUCGACCUGCGACCGCGGCUGCUCGCGACGAGCAGGAUCUACGCCUCGUCGCCCUCCGCGCUGAGGGAGGCGCGGAGACGGCUGGCCCGGGAGAACGAGAGGAAGGAGGUCAUGGAAAUGGAGCGGAAGAGGGCGCGCAUGGAGAGGAUCAACGGCAAGAUCAGAGCCAUGCGGGAGAAGAAGAAGGGCAAGAGCAAGGAUAAGGGCAAGUAUCCGGCCAAGGGAACGACAACCUUGUCGGACAAGGAGAAGCAGAGCGCCGUCGUCGGCCAGGCCGCUCACGGCACGGAGCAGAGGCCCAGACCCAGCGGCAGCACCACGGCUACCCAAACAGGUACCAGGUCUGGCAAGGAAGUGGCGCAAGCAACGGCGAUGGAAAGUAGGGAACCAGCAGCAGCAGCAGAAGAAGGAGAGACUGGAGACCUCCAGCCUCGCCUGCGCUGCAUCGCGCCCCUCGAGCCUCGCUACGUCCCGCCCGCGAGCUUCGGCGCCAGCGUCCCGCACCCGGUGCUAGGUCGUCACGGGCGCCAGCACGCUUCCUCGUCCACUAGCUCCGUCGACGACUAUGCUGACGACGAUGACGCCGGUGAAGCUGAGGAUGAAGAUGACAGCGAUGAGGAACGCGGCGGUGACGGCGGCAGCAGCAGUAGCAGCGAGAUCCAAUACCGCGCUCUAGACCGCAUCACCGAGGAGCAAAACUCGCUGCACGAGCGAUACAUGGCCGACCUGCACGACGCCGUGGUCGAGGUCAAGCUCGAGGGCCUGAUUCCAGUGUGGUACAUCUUCGAGGACCUGCGUGCGUGGGUGCCGAAUCCGCGGGACGUCAUUUGAAGCCCUAGAGGAUUUGGUCAUCUAUCGCACUUUGAUUUGCUCUCCCUCGUGAUCUUGAGGCAAGUAAAGAAACAGGGUUGAGAGAGAGAGAGAGAAAGCCCCACCGAGUGUGUGCUGGAUGGAGUCUCUGGCGAGCCGUGCCCCAGUGGAUAGGACAGGCCCGUCCUACGAGAUCAAAAGAAUGGGAUGACGGAAAGUCAUUCGUAUCAUGGCUUGCAUGGGGGAUUGGCCGGGACGAUACAGAUGAUUUGAAGACCGUACAGGAUGUACUCGAUAGAUACCACAUGCGAC